UGUCUACACCCAGUCUGUCUCUCUGUUCUGAGGACACUGUGGUCUCUUCCUUCUGCACAGCCAGAACCAGAGAGGAGACACCAUGCCCCCCACCCUCAGGGCCCUGCUCUGCCUUGGGCUGAGCGUGGGAAUGACGACCCCAGUGCAUGCAGGGACCCUCCCCAAACCCACCUUGUGGGCUGAGCCAGGCUCUGUGAUGCUGUUGGGGAGCUCAGUGACCAUUUGGUGUCAGGGGCCCCUGCAGACCCAGAAGUUCCGCCUGCAUAAAGAGGGAGGCGGAAUGUCCUUGAAAAGACAGAAGCCACUGGAACCCGGUGACAAGGCCAACUUCCACUUUACACACAUGACAGAGUAUGAUGCAGGGAGAUAUCGCUGCUCCUAUCUCAGCCCCACUGGGUGGUCCGAGCCCAGUGACCCCCUGGAGCUGGUGGUGACAGGAUUCUACAGCAAACCCAGCCUCUCAGCCCUGCCCAGCCCUAUGGUGACCUCAGAAGGGAACGUGACCCUCCAGUGUGGCUCACGGCAGAAGUUCAACAGGUUCAUUCUGACCAGAGAAGGAGAAGACAGGCUCUCCUGGACCCUGGACUCACAGCCUCACCCUAGUGGGCAGGUCCAGGCCCAGUUCACUGUGGGCCCCUUGACCCCCAGCCACAAUUGGACAUUCAGAUGCUAUGGCUAUUACAGGAACACACUACAGGUGUGGUCACAGCCCAGCGAUGCCCUGAAGCUCCUGGUCUCAGGAGCAGCCGACACCAUCCACCCCUCACACAACAGCUCAGACAACUCGAGUGACUGCCAGCCCCAGGACUACACAGUGGGAAAUCUCAUCCGCAUGGGUGUGGCUGUUCUGGUCCUGCUGGUCCUCGGGGUGCUGCUGUCUCAGGCUCGAGACAGCGAGAGAAUAGCCCAGGCUGCCACCAGGACCUGAACACAGAAGUAAAGGAGCACCGUUCAGAGUGGGAGAGACUUGGAUUGUGCCCAGAAGGUUCUGGAAGAUAAUAUGGGACACACUGCAUAACAUGUCUGGAGCUCACUGCAGGUGGAGGACUCCUUGCUCAUAUGCAGGACCAUGUCUGGACCCUCCUGCCAUUAAAUUCAGCCCAUCUCCUCCCAACCAUUGUUGAGUCAUGUGACCAGUUCCCACCUUUUCCCAAUUCAGUUAAAUUAGCGUUGAUGCCACGUGGCAUGGGUCACGUCCACACCUCCCUAUACUUUUAGAAAACUUGUUCUUCUUUAUGUCUAAUUACACCUGCCUUGGUGUUUGUAUGGAGUGCCCACCCACUCAGGUCACAGCAUGCAAUCUAUUUUAAUAAAUCAAUG